UAUUGUAGUGAGCAGUUCCUCGCACCCUCUUCCCUCGUGUGACCUCUUUGGCCUCCACGCCGUCUUGGUGCAUCAGUGAAAAAAUCGACCAAGUGUGCGAAAAACGAAGACUAUAUUUUUAAAGACAUUUUGUAGAAUGGAUAUGACAGCGACGGCGUGGUUGGUGGUGCUGGUCGGCCUGGUAACAACCACAGCCUCUCCUGCCCUGGACUUACAAGAUGCUUUUAAAAUGGCACAAUGUCGGGCCCACUGUCUGGACCAGUUCGAGAGGGACAUAUCCACCCAAGACGACGCCAGCUGUCACCAUAAUUCUGACUGCUUUGGGUGCUGGGAGGGCUGUGAGCUGCUGACCACGAACUACCCUAUAUGGAGCAUCACUUGUGGCCAGCUAGACAAAUGUGAGGAAGGUUGUGAGGCAGCGUGCGCCUUCCACUCCUCACACCCCAAGUCUGUGGUGCCCCUCAGUCAACACAACUCUCGCCUCACACUCGUCUUCAGUGGCUCAGCGGCUCAGUGGACGCUCUCUUGGGGCCGAGACGCCCCCAGGGAACAUGUGGUCUUCGCCCUCUUCACCCGCACUCCCGGCAAGUCUUGGGACCUCAGACUCCAGACAGCAGACUUUGGCGCCGCUCUUGACGACGUGCCGACGGGGUCCGACAUGAAGCUGGUGGCCGUAGCGGAGUCCGGCGUACUCUCCGUCAUCAUCACGCCCUACGCCCCUCCCGCCCACCCUAAGAGCAUCAUGAAGCCCGCCCUUGGCUUAUCUCGUUCUCAGGUCUCUGCUGAACGCCCCGAGACCAACGGCAUCGAGGUAGACGCAGUCGAGAUGUGGCCUCUACUGCACGAGACCGAGGUCGAGGAGUCAGGUCUCGUGGCCGCAAGAGUGUGGUGGGCGCCUCAAAGUCCCCGCGGCGGUGACUACUUGGUGACCUGGGAGGUUGAGGGCGGGGGGCUCAAGGGUCACCUGUAUACUGACCUCCCUGAGGUUGACCUUACCCUAUGGCCUGAGACUGUUUACCACGUGCAGGUAGAGCUGGUCACCGGCCCACUGGGGGAUUCACUCCGCUCAGCACAACUCACCCUCGAUACCCAUAACAUCACUCUCGCCGCCCACGCUCGCCAGAACGACAUCACGCCCACGCUGCCCCUCGUUCACAAGGCAGUGACGCCUGUGCAGCUUGAGGUAGUGCUGGGAGUGGGCGCUGGAAUCCUAGCGGCUCUCCUGGUGGUGGCGGCGCUGGUGUGGAGACGCAGACAAUCAUCUGGACUGACUUACGACACCACCACUGCCUCCUCCGCCAAGUGGGGCACCUGGAACCGCACUCUGUCGGACCUCACACUAGACGAGUCCUUGGUCGUCAAGAACCACAAACUGCCCCAAGAUUCCACCAACCCCGCCUUCCCCACGCCUGCACGCCCACCACACGCCCCCGUCUACACCCUGGCACCACCCCCACACCAUCCCUCCUCUUCCCUGUUGAGCCUGGUGCGCCCUGUCCACACCCACGUCAAUCUAUACAGUGUUGUGCCUCCCGCCCCGGACACCCGUUCUCAGGUCUCCAACAUCUAGGUAAUUACAGGACCUCAGGACCCAGCCAUGCUGCACCUGACAACACACCUGCCCUGAGUGAACUUUAUUAAGUGCCAAGGCUUACAAUGCUACAGUUUUGCUCUAUGUAAAGUGCCAAGCUACAGCACGACCCUGCGUGUCAUAGUGAUCUCUUAGUAAGUGCCAAGAUAACUGUACUGAAGCCACAUGUGCCAAGAUAACUGUACUGAAGCCACAUGUGCCAAGAUAACUGUACUGAAGCCACAUGUGCCAAGUGUUGUAAUAAAUGUGUUGUUAUGUGAAGGUACAGCUGCUGGGUUGAUCCACUAACACACCUGAGUGGUGCAGUCAACCCCUGGCGAGGAGUCCUCAUCACACUGCUGCUGUUCUUCCCUCAGGAGCUCCAGAUGGAAGGUCUCGAAGGACACAAUUACCUGCCGUCGAAGGAGGGAAGAACUCCACUUUCUAUCCUUCGACUUCAGACGGUGACCAAGAGGACCUUCUCCUGCCUCCCUCCCCCUACACUUUCCCUCCAUCAGGAACUCAGGAGUGAGAACUUAUUUUCAGCUUGUGUAGGGGUGUGGUGGGUGGUGUAGUAGGUAUGGUGUGGUGGGUGGUGCUGUGGGUGUGGUGUUGUGUGGGUGUGGUGCGGUGGGUGUGGUGCGGUGGUGUGUUGAGCCAAACUGGUGUACAUAACUUACACACAACAUUCCCAAGGUGUUCUCAGUGGGAACUUGUUUUAGUCAAUGCGGUGUUUUGUAUCUGGAAGCCAAAGUUCCUAUAUUAUCAGUAAAGACGACCACGACCACAACACAAGUGGUUUCUACACGACACAAGUGUUCAUUUACUCAAUAAAAAAAUAUCUUUUCUUAUGACUGAGCAUUUAACACGAGUGAAAAGUGUGUCCAGGGCAUUUAUUGGGCAUUAUCGCUCACACAUUACGUCACUGAGCGUAUUCAUGUUCAGUAUUUGGUCGUGGUCGUCGUCACUGUUGUGCUUGAUCGACGAAGAAUCUUCAUAUUUUAUACUAUUAUUAUUACCCAUUCAUUCUGUAUACAUGAAGCCAAAGAUGUCAAUGUGUAUUUCAGACAGAGAAAGUUUAGUGUGAGACAGAGACAGUUUAUGUGAGAAACAUGCACAGUGUGUGAGACAGAGACAGUUUAUGUGAGAAACAUGCACAGUGUGUGUGAGACAGAGACAGUUUAUGUGAGAAACAUGCACAGUGUGUGUGAGACAGAGACAGUUUAUGUGAGAAACAUGCACACUGUGUGAGACAGAGACAGUUUAUGUGAGAAACAUGCACAGUGUGUGUGAGACAGAGACAGUUUAUGUGAGAAACAUGCACAGUGUGUGAGACAGAGACAGUUUAUGUGAGAAACAUGCACACUGUGUGAGACAAAGACAGUUUAUGUGAGAAACAUGCACACUGUGUGUGAGACAGAGACAGUUUAUGUGAGAAACAUGCACAGUGUGUGAGACAGAGACAGUUUAUGUGAGAAACAUGCACACUGUGUGAGACAAAGACAGUUUAUGUGAGAAACAUGCACACUGUGUGAGACAGAGACAGUUUAUGUGAGAAACAGUCACGGUGUGUGAGACAGAGAGACAGUUUAUGUGAGAAACAUGCACAGUGUGUGUGAGACAGAGAGACAGUUUAUGUGAGAAACAGUCACAGUGUGUGAGACAGAGACAGUUUAUGUGAGAAACAUGCACACUGUGUGAGACAGAGACAGUUUAUGUGAGAAACAUGCACACUGUGUGAGACAGAGAGACAGUUUAUGUGAGAAACAGUCACAGUGUGUGAGACAGAGAGACAGUUUAUGUGAGAAACAUUCACGGUGUGUGAGACAGAGAGAUGGGAUAUGAGAGACAUGACCGAACUUAAUGACCCACCGAAGUAUCUGUUGGAACACGACCAGACAGUCUCCGAUAUGGACAGUUACUGAAGCCAACGUUUGAACCAGUAGGUGACACAACUGAAACCAACUGUAAAUAUGGACGUAGGUGGGCGUGUUUGGUGUAGAUGGGCGGCGUACUUGCUUAGCGGAUGAGCGAGUGACGGGAGUGAGUGUUGGAGGGGGGUGACUAGAGUGUGAACCCCGAGAGUGAGACAGCGAAUCAGUGUAUCAUUCCAAGUCUUCCAUUUGUGGGAAUAUCCGUGACCUGACUUAAGAUAAAGGUCAUAUAAUAACGCCAUUAAAAAUAAGGUCAGAAAACAAGUGAAGUGCGGCCACAUAGGUCAACCAUCCUCUUAGUCAGGUCACGUAACGUAACCUAAGUCAGUACUGUAUGACGUCAUUGUUAUGUACAUUC